GGAAAUCAUCAUUUUCAUCAUCAACAACAACAACAACAAUCUUAUCGUUUGCCAUAUCAUCAUCAUAAUAAUAAUAAUCGUAAUUUCAAUAAUAACAACAAUAAUAGUCAUCUUAAUAUAAAUAAGUUGCAACAUAGAAGAAUCAACAAUUGUUCGCCAAUAUUAUCAUCAUCAUCAUCAUCAUCGACAGCGAUAGCAAAAACAUUGGCAGCAACAUCUUCAUCAUCUGUUAUUAAUUUAAAUAAUAAAAAUAUUCAUCAUUCACAUCAUCCAAUAGUAACGGCGAAUAAUAAUCUUAAUAAUGGUGAGCCAUCAUUCAUUCAUACGAAACAAACAAAUUCAUUACAACCAUCAUAUAAUAACAAAUGUUGUGAAUGUAAUAAUUCACUUAUUAUUGCUGCUACUGCUGCCAUUUCCGUUCCUAAAAAUUCUAAAGCUGUUAAACGUAAUUAUUCAAUGUUGAAUGCUAAAAAUAGUUUAAUAAGCCAAAAUCAUAAGCACAACAACAAUAAUAAUCAGAAUCAGAACCAGAAUAAUAGUAGCCAACAAAAUGAUAAUUUAGUUAUCAAUACUGGUCUAUUUGGUCGUAACAAUAAAAACAAAAACAAUCGUAAUAAUAAUAAGAAGAAAUGUCGUACUCGUUCAAAACGUCGACGUAAACGUUCAAUAAAAUGGACUAAAUCCAAAAAUAAUAUUGAUGGUCAAUGUAGCAAUAAUUGUAAUGAACAAAAUCUUAUCGAUGAUGAUUGUAAUGAUGAUAAUGAUAAUAGUAAAGAUUGUUUGAAAAGAAAACGAAUGCGUUGGACAGAAUGUAAUGCAGGUGAAGUGACCAGAUUACAUAGAAAUUGUGUACAAAAUGGUCAACCAUUAGCACCAUAUAAUACAACACAAUUUAUUAUGAAUGAACAUUCAAAAGAAAUUGAUUUCGAAGCAUUAAGUGGUCAGAUACAACAAAUGAGACAAUCCAAACAUGAUCGUAUCAAUGAUUUAGAUGAUCAUCAUUCUGGUAAACAACAUGAUCAACAACAACAAAAACAUCAACAGCAACAACAACAACCAUCAUCAUCAUCUUCAUUAUUAUCGCCAUUAAAUGAAGAUUAUUAUAGUUCACCGGAAGAUGAAUCGUAUUUUCUUGAACAACAAUUUCAUGAAGCAUAUGAUACGAUGCAUGCUGAACGAUUAAAUUCAAUGUCCAAAAGUGAUCUAUUAAAAGAAUAUCUAUUAAUGGAAAAAGAAUUGGAAAUAUUGAAACAACAACCACAACAACAAAGUUCAUCCAAAUCAUUAUCAACAAUAAUGACAAAUAAAUCAACAAGUGGUUGUUGUGUUGGUGAUGAUAAUAAUAUCAUUUCAACCGGAACAAGUGAAAAUUGUGAUGGAUCACAACAAUUAUCACAGCAACGACAUUGUCAAUCAUGUUGUAUAAAAGAAAAAAUUUACGAAGAAAACAAAUGUCUAAGAAAAUUAUUAAGACAAUUAUAUAGUCGAUAUAAUAGUCUUACAUAUUGUAUAAAUUAUGUUCAAAAUCAUAGUCAUCAUCAUCAUCAUCAACAUAAUAAUGAUCCACAUUCAACAAAUAAUCAUCAUAAUGAUGAUGUCAAUCCAAUCGAUACGAAUAAUGAAAAACAAUCAAUGGAACAGCAUCAGGAUUAUCAAUUAUCCAGUGAAAUGCAUUAUUCAAUUGAAAAAUAUCUAAAUCAUAUUUCACCAAUUCAUCAAGGUGAUAAUGAUGAUGAGGAUGAUAAUAAUAAUAAUGAUGAUGUUGGCAAUUCAUCAAUUCGAAUUGUAUCCGAUAUUGAUAUGGCUGAUGAUGAUGAUGAUGAUGAUUGUCUAAGUCAAUCUUCAAAUGAUGAUAUGACAAAUUCAACUUCAUCAACAUUAUCAACAAGCAAUUCCUCAACAUCAUCAUCAAGGAGUUCAGAUUAUUCUGAUGGUUCCUCAUCUUCUUCCUCUUCGUCAUCAUCAUCAUCAUCAUCAACGACAACAACAAAUCAUCAUCAAAAUUUACAGAUGGAAUUACAGAUUUUACAACGUGAAAAUCAAAAAUUAGCCACUAUAACUAGAUUAUGUAUACAUCUAGUCGAUCGUUGUCGUACAUUGAAUAAAACAAAACAAUUUAUUGAAGAUUUAUCUCGUCUUGGUAUUUUGAUUGAUGAAUUUAAUCAAUUGAAUACAAAAAAGAAUAGCCAGCUACCAAUAUUCGGUAAUUCGGGUUUGGUAUUUGAAAAUCAAAAUGACAAUACGACAACGAUGACGAAUGUUCGUGGAAAAUCUACAAAUUCUUCUACCUCUUUGAAUUCUAAUAUCAAUAAUAAUAAUAAUAAUAAUUCGAAUCAAUCAACAACCACAGCGAUGAUGAUUACAACAAAUAAUACAAAUAAUCAAUCAUUAGGUAAUGGUGGUGGUGGCAUUGGUGCAAAUAUGUAUCUAAUACCCAUAUCAAUGGGUCCAAAUCAUCAAGGACCACAACAAUAUCAUCUAAUACAGACAACAAAUGAUACAACAGCAGCAUUGAUUAGUCCAUCUGGAAUAUCGAAAUCAACAAAAGGACGUGGUAAAAAAUCAUCAUCAUCAUCAUCAUCAUCAUCGACAACAACAGCAUUAAUGAUGAUGGAUCCGAAUACUUUAACAAUAUCACCACCACAACAACAAAAACAAAAUAAUCAACAACAACAACAAUCAAUUUUAUUUAAAAAAUUGACUGAAUCUGGUCAGAUUCAAUUAAUCGAUCCAACAACAAUGUUGAUACAACAACAACAAACGAAUAACCAACAGCAACAACAACCACAACAACAGAUUAACAUUCCAGCAAAUAUGACAACAACAGUAUCGGGUGAUCAAACAUCAACAAUAUUUUCAAUUAUACAACAACAACAGAAUCCAAAUUUGGAUCAAUCAAAUAUUGUUGAGAAUAAUAAUAUUAAACUUAUAUCACAUACGAUUGGAAAUUCUCAUCAAACAUCAAUGACUACGAUUACUGGUCAACAACAACAGCAACAACAACAACUACAACAUCAAUCAUCAUCAUCAUCAUCUUCAUCAUCACCAUUGACAACAACAACAUCGACUACAAUGACUGGUGGAACGACGACGCCGGGUAAUCAGAAAAUAUUUAAAUGUGUAAUUUGUGACAAAAUAUUUGCCAAUGCAUAUAAUCUUAAUCGUCAUAAUAAAUCACAUAGUGGUUUUCAACCAUUUGUUUGUGAUUAUCCAUCAUGUUCAAAACGUUUUAAUUAUAAUUAUCAUCUAAAACGACAUAUGGAAACACAUACUGGUGCACGACCAUUUGUUUGUACAUGGCCGGAUUGUGAUCAACGUUUUAAUCGUAAAUAUAAUCUAAAUCGCCAUUUAUGGAUACAUGCAGAGAAUAAGAAUAAAAAUCAACAACAACAAUAAUAAUAAUAAUGAAAAACAUUCAAAAAUAAAUUGAGAUCAAAUUCUCGAAAGAAAUAACAAUUCCAUUAUCACUCAUUAUCAUUCAUUCAUUUGUAAAUAAUGAAAAAGAAUAACCACUUUAUAAAGUAUAUAAACACAAAAAUAUUUGGGUAUAUUUUUUCACUCACA